CAAGCUUUGCAAGCUACAGGUUUUCUAUUAAAGCUUUUUCUUAAUUUAUAAAAUGAACUUCGCUAAGAUUCUUUUCUUGGUUGUGGCGUGUUUUGCCGCCUUCUCAGUGACGUCAGCGAGUCCUAAAUGGAAAAUCUUUAAGAAAAUUGAGAGAGUGGGGCAGAAUAUUCGCGACGGUAUAAUCAAAGCAGGUCCGGCAGUCGCUGUUGUGGGGCAAGCGGCAUCCAUAAUCAAACCUGGAAAGUGACGUCACCAAAGUUCUUCGAGAGAAAUGAGGCUGUUAUAAGAUCUGUAUUAUUUAUAAUUUAGUUUAAUGGUACUUAAUAAAUACUUUAAAAUUAAUCCUGUAUUUUUCAUUGAUUAAGAGCAGGCGUCUCCUUUGACUAAACUAUCGCACAACUGUUGUGCGAUUGUCGAUUGUUUUGCAGCCAAAUCAACCGUUUAGUUGCACACAAAAAUCGAUUAGUGUGUCCACCUCCACAUAAGCUCAUGGGAAUCAUAGCGCGACUAAACAGUUCUGCGAUAGUUUAGUCAAAGAUGUGCGCGCUCUAAGAAUGCAAAUACAACCUAUCUACAAACAUCUGUA